CAACAAAUGAUUUUGCAUGGGUUUCUCGUUUUUUUUGCUACUGGAAAUUUUGCUGGAUCCUUAUUUACUCUAUUUAAUUUUUUGGCCAGAUUACGAUUGGAUGCUUAUAAUUUUAUCUAUUCAAAUCAACGUCCUGUCCCAAAAAUUAUAUACAAUCUUGAUGCAUGGAACGGUGUGCUUUUAUUCAUCACAAUUAUAAGUGUGGCAUUAAAUGCCUUGGUAUCUAUGUUUACAUCUGACUCAGUACAUAUAAGGGAAUAUUUAAUGAAUAAUGAAAAUUUAAGUGAAUAUUAUAAGGACCAUAUGUCACUUUUUAAUCAAAAUGAUAUAUUUGGUUCAGAUCCUAUAUACAAUCAGACAUGCUACUACAGAGGCCAAUUUUACCCAUAUAAUCAUCCGAUGAAGUAUAAAUACACCAUGGAACAUUGGAGGUUAAGUGUUUAUAAAAGUGUGGGUUUAUUGAUUUUUGAAUUACUUGGCGGUACUAUUAUACUCAGUUUAAAUGCACUAAUAAAUGUAAUAUUUAAGUCGACUGAUAAUGUACUGAUAGAUGGAACCGAUUUUUUUGAUUCGCAGAAGAAAAAGUAUGAAUCCGUUCAAAAUUUAUUUAAGGUUUCAAAGGAUUGAUUUAUUUUAAUUUAAAUGUAUAUAAAAAAUAAAUAUGUAUUAUAUAUAUAGACCAG